AUGACAGGAGGAUGCCAAUAUCCCAGCCUCAAUAAAACAAAAGAAGGAACAAACCCGGCCGGCGGCGCGGGUGAAGAGCGGGGCUGCUCCAGGGGCGGGCGGCGCGGGGGGAAAGAGGAGGGCGGGCACGGGGUGUCUGUCACUGAGCACUGCCGCAUCUCUCCGCGCCCUCCCCGCCCCGGGCCGGGCCGGGCUGUCCUCCGAACCGGCACCUCACCCGCCCUCCUGCCCCCGGUGCGAACAGGGGCUGCCCUGCCUGCCUGCCCGUCCCCGCCCGCCUCUUGCCACCUCCCCGCUUACCUGCCGCUGCCCCCGGGCCCCGCGGCCCGGCAGUGCCCGCCGGCAACCGGCCCCUCGCCUCAUCCCGCUGGGCACAAAGCGGGAGCCCCGGGAAGAGUGGUGAUAAAGAGUGACGCACUCAGCAAAUGUGACAACCCACGUUCAUCGUCUGUAAUGAGCCAGCCUGUAGCCACCCUAUCCUGAGCCCUCAUCACAGGAGGAAAAAAAAAAAACCUUUGGGUUUUGCCAAAGCUUGGAUGAAGCCACUGCCAACCACCAGGCUAUGCACGCAGUGAAGAACUAUUCUGCACCUCAGCCUUCUGGAUGGCCCAAACAUCUGGCAUGUUUUAGGCAGCACGGA